GGGCGGAAACGGACAGAAGGGCGAAGAUGGGAUUCCCAAAGGAUCCAGAUACAAUCCAAGACCGGCAAGACAAUCAAUGAGCACGUCGACGCGUGUUGAUUGUGACUCGAUCGACACUCGACCUUAGAAGCAAGUGCAAGAUAGGGAUGGACGGCCAAGGCGUGCCUCCCAUAGAAACAUCGUUUUGCUGCCACCUACAAGGGCUGCAGAUAUUGGGAGUUGCAGACUGGACCUUUGCACGACCUGCGACAAUAUCCUCCCUUGGCCGUAUGGACUGGAAUGGCCAAUUGGGAUAUAUCAAAAGUUCGCAAUCUUUACCUUCCCUUGAUGCCAGUCACCUACAGAACGGCGUCGAUAAAGAGACCCUCAUUGGACUACAUUCAACCAUCAAGUGUUUGUUAUUUUGGGGAUACCCUGUCCUUCUCUAUCUUUGUCUGUACCACGUCGUCCUCCAAGCCAAAACAUCGAACACGCUACGAACUCGUACAAGUUCAACCCCGCUGAAACCCCUGGCCCGCUUCGCCUCAGAAGUUGCCGCCGCACCCAGAGCCUCCGAGAGCGAAUCAGACAGCGCCGACGUGUGGCACUGGGCGACUGCUCGAACAAGGCAAUUCUGGCAGAGAAAGGCCGUCAGCACUCGACUCCGUCUACAACCGCCGCGCUGUACACAUUAUUAGCGCGCGACUGUUCCAUUGCAGUGGCAGUCCGUCGCCCAGAAUA